ACCGCUUCUCUACCCAUGAGUCCUACUGAGUUUCAGGAGGAAGGUGUCUCUGAUACAGACAACACUGAAAACGGAGACAGUCACAGCACCCCAGAAGAAGAAAGAGUGCCGUUCGUUCCCCCUGCGAGACGGCGAUUUGACACAGAGCUGGACAGCAGCGUUUGCCUCGAGGCAGACGAAGAUGAGAAGUUUUGGAAAGAAGCACGGAAGCUGAGGAGGUCAACUUGUUGCGCGGAAGAAAUACAGCGUAUCUUCGAAGAAAAGCGAUUCUCGAUCUUAGGGCAGGUUCAUCUCGACUUGUGUCGUUACCACGAACUAGGCCGAUUCGUAGACGAGGGUCAAAAGUAUGACCGCGCAGCAGCAUGGUUUCAUUUGGAAGUGGCCGCCAAAUGCACCGUCAUCGAGGCGGUGGUUACGAUGGCCAAAAUUUUUCUGAAUAUCCCGAGGGAGCUGCUUCAAGAUUUUACGGUUGACGUGAGUUAA